AUGGCCCAGAAAAAUAACUUUCAGUUCUCUAUCAGGGAAUACAGACCUUCAGACCAACAUGUGGUCAUGUCACUCUUUCGUGAUGGGAUACUCGAACAUGUGUACCCGGCCUUCUUCAAGGCCAUGAGCCAUCCAGACCACGUUGGCAUCGCUCUGAGUAUUUCCAUGGCUGGCUAUGUGCUGGGAGGCAGCUCCUACUUCCAAGCUUUACUCUUUGGCAGUGCAUGGGCUGGUCUCAUUUAUUACUGCUGCCACGAUAUCUACGAAGGCUACAUGACGAGGCGGCUGAGCACAGACAUGGCCGACAUGCAAGCCAACUACCUGGAAAACCCGGAUAACGGUUUCUGGGUGGCGGAGGCAGACUUUAACGGCCAGUCCAAGGUGGUGGGGAUGGUGACAGUGGUGGGGAAGAGGGGGGAGGGAGAAGGUGAGAGAUUUGACGAGUGGAAUGGAGGAGUGAUGGGAGGAGGCUCGGAGUUCGCCCAAGAUGCCGGAGAUGGGAGUUACGGCGAGAUGUCCCACAUGGUUGUGGUGUUUCCAUGGCGCCGCAAAAACCUGGGCUCACAGCUGACAAGGAAGGCCUUGGACUUCUGCAAACAGCAAGGUUACAGCCGCCUCGUUCUGGACGUCAGCUCGCCACAGACAGCGGCCAUCUCCCUGUACCAAAAAUUCGGCUUCGUUCAAACUGCAUCCCACAGUAACACGCACGCUAAUCGCUGGUUCUCCAGACUGGCCAGAAUAAAUGUGAUGCGAAUGGAGAAGUUCAUUUAA